CUGCUGCUACUGCUGCUCGUUGUGUAUAUGUAUAUGUAUAUGUGUGUGUCUGUGUGUGUGUGUGUGUGAUGAAAUGAAAUGCCAGGAUUGGGCUACCUCCAGGGAGAGCCUCUCCAUCCUAUAAUGUGAAGCCAGCCAGCAGCGCCGUGAGAUCAGGGAGAAGCUGCAUCCAUCAACGGGCCUCCGGAGGACCAGGCGUGAUCCAACGGGAGGGGAGAUCUUUUUUUAAAUUAUUCUUCUCUGCUGUGGGAGAGAAGGGAUUGUCGUCAUUCCCCCCAUCCAUCCUUUUUUGUUUCCUCCUCUGAGGUGCCCCCUCCUUCCUGCUUCGCCUCCACUCUCAUUUUUCCCCCUCAUUCUUCUAGAGGCGCUCGUUGGAAUAUCAAACCUCCAUGUAUGACAAUUUGUACCUGCAUGGAUUUGAAGACUCGGAGGCGGGCUCAGCUGAUUCAUACACUAGCAGACCAUCAGACUCAGAUGUCUCUCUGGAGGAGGAGCGCGAGGUGCCGGCUCCGGUCCAGAGCCAGAGCCCCAGCCAGAGCCAAGGACCGGGACAGAGCCCGCAGGAGAGGGAGCAGCAGGCCACCGUCCAGCUGGAGAGAGCCAAGACUAAACCUGUGGCGUUCGCUGUGAGGACGAACGUCAGCUACUGCGGCGCUCUGGAUGAGGAUGUUCCAGUGCCGGCCACCGCCAUCUCCUUCGACGCCAAGGACUUCCUCCACAUAAAAGAGAAGUUCAACAACGACUGGUGGAUCGGGCGGUUAGUGAAGGAGGGCUGUGAGAUCGGCUUCAUCCCCAGCCCUCUGAAGCUCGAGAACAUCCGGCUGCAGCAGGAGCAGAAGAGAGGACGAGUCCAAGGUAAGUCUGGAGAGAACUCUUCUUCCAGUGUAGAGGAUGAGGUUUCUGCCUCUAUCCGGCCCCUCAUAUCCUCGGCAGGAAAGCAGAAACAGAAAGUGACGGAGCACGUCCCCCCGUACGACGUGGUUCCCUCCAUGAGGCCUGUGGUGCUGGUGGGACCCUCGCUCAAAGGUUAUGAGGUUACAGACAUGAUGCAGAAAGCGCUGUUUGACUUCCUUAAGCACAGGUUUGACGGCAGGAUAUCUAUCACACGAGUCACGGCAGACAUAUCGUUAGCAAAGAGGUCUGUGCUCAACAACCCCAGCAAGAGAGCCAUCAUCGAACGGUCCAACACUCGCUCCAGUCUAGCGGAGGUGCAGAGUGAGAUUGAGAGGAUCUUUGAGUUGGCGCGUUCCCUCCAGCUGGUGAUUUUGGACGCCGACACCAUCAACCACCCGGCGCAGCUUCUCAAGACCUCCCUGGCCCCCAUAAUAGUUCACGUUAAAGUCUCCUCUCCAAAGGUUCUGCAGCGGCUCGUGAAGUCCAGAGGGAAAUCCCAGAGCAAACAUCUGAACGUCCAGCUGGUGGCAGCGGACAAACUGGCUCAGUGUCCUCCAGAAAUGUUCGACAUCAUCCUGGACGAGAACCAGCUGGAGGACGCCUGCGAGCACCUGGCUGAGUACCUGGAGGCGUACUGGAAGGCCACACACACCUCCAUGGCCACGCCCCUGAACCCCCUGCUGGGGCGCAACCUGGGGCCCACCACCCUCACCCCCUACCCCACCAGCAUCUCUGGACUGCAGCAGAGCCAAAAGAUCCGACAGAGCAACCACACGGGAGACCACUCGACCCCGAACGAGCGACGCAACCUGAUGACAUCGGACGAGAACUACCACAACGAGCGGGCGCACAAGGGACGCAACCGCAUGUCUUCAGGCUCGCAGCACAGCCGGGAGCAGCAGGACCCCUACCAGGACUACCAGGACCCCUAUCAGGAUGCAUACAAGCCCCACCGCAACCGCAGCUCUCCGGGCAGCUACAGCCACGACUCCAGACACCGACUCUGAGCAUCGUCCCAUCAUCACCAGGGUCCCAAACGGCCCAGAGUCCCAAACUAACGCUGCCACAGAGCCCAGACGGUCCCAAAAAUGUUACCUUUGUGUUAAUUUGUUUUCGUCUACCUGGCUAUUUUCUCUCUUCUUUAAAAAAAAAAAAAUCCAACAGAAUCAGGUGUUUUUGUUUUUAAAAGUCAAGCUGCCAGGGCAAACCCCCGUCAAUCAACAGUAGUGAAGAGCUGCAGGAUGCCACCCUGUUAGUAAUGCUGUCAAAUGAAUUCCUUUUUGGGAUUGUGCUAACAGAGCUCAGCAGCGCAGAUGGGGGUCGGGGGUCAGGGGUCAGAUGUCAGAUGGUGAUGGUGUUUGGGCUUCAAAAGGCCCGGGACUUGGCGCCUUGUCGGAGGAAAGUCCGCCGCACACAGACUGCUGAAAGGCUGCUGACCCAAACCCUGGGCCGUGUAUAAAUCCUCUCCAUUUAGCUUAUUGCAUGCUGAUAGAUGAUCCGCAUCCACUUCAUUGAUCUUUUGUACCUAGCAUUCUGGAUUCUCUUAUAAUGAGGUGUAGAUACGGAGGUCCAAUUUUCUAAAUCGCCUGAUUUGUGCGGACAGGCGUAACGGUGGUGGGGGUUUGUGUGCAGAUGAUAUCGGGCUGCUAGUUUUUGAAAAAACUGGUGCUUCACAUUCCCAAACUAUUUUGCUAUUUGAGAGUCACUUCGAGCAAGGCCAGCUUUUCUGUAGCAUAGCUUUUAGGAUUUUCUUUUGGGUGGAAAACCCUCAGUGUCCCAGCAGAAUCUGAUCACACUGUAGGACGAGGCUUCAGGCAAUAGAUGUCAGUUAGUAAAGUAAAACACAAUAGCAAAAUACCACUUGAGAUGAGGUUGAGAUGUGGACUCGAAGAAAAGCACCUUUUUUGUCGUUUGAUAGACUAAAAGAGCAUCUGCUGCCCACACUACAUUUUAUUUUGCAUUUAUUAGCAUUGAAUCAAAGUCGUUCAGCGUUAAAACUAAAGUUCAGAUGGUGAUUGAAGCAUUGAAGUUCCUUCCUGUAGUUUUUUUUUUUAGGGUAUUCAAAAUGUGACAUGGCAGGAUCGGUUGCAUCAUGUUCAUUCUCUGUGUAGCUGGCAUGUUGUCCUGACUGCAGAGCAUGUUCCCUACACGUUAAAUAAAACCCUACUGUAAGCAAGUUGAUGUUUGUAGAAGUAUACGGCACAUCUCUCAAAAAAAAAAAAAACAAGAAAAGAAAAAAGAUGGCCCAAAUGACAGAUGAGUGAUAACCCUGAAACGGAAAGCACCGCUUGAUGUCCCGGAGAGUUUAAGAGGGAUUGCAUGACUCAAAAAUGGAGGCGCAAUUGUGAUGAGAGUUUCUAAUAAUUCAGGAUCACGUUAGCAGGUAGAAAGUAAAGUUUGUUAAAGAUAACAUGGACAAGAUGAACCCUACCCACAAUGCUUUGUUUCUGCAAACAGAGAACAAGCUGCUGUGGUUGUUAUUAUCUUUACAUCAUCAGAUUGUGAUUACACAUCCAUUAUCUCUUCUCCAGAUCACAAAGACAGCUAGCUGGCAGAGUUUCAGCCUGAAAACAGACACAAGUGAACAUGAAAUAGAUGUCUCAAUAUCACAGAACAAAGGUCUUCCAUACUCCUUCCACCUUUUUGAAAGAAAUAAGCUACCAAAAGUUGUCAUGUGGAGAUGGGACUUUUUUGAUGCCCUGCCGUUUCCGUACAAUAUUUGGCAUCGUCUUAAGACACCUUACCGAAUAACGGUCCAUUAUUUUUGAUUGAUAUCACAAUUGCACAGUAUGACCGCCCACAAAAGAGUUCUUUAGCACGUUUAGACACAGUGUUGAAGCUUCUCUUAACAUCGAGAGCGCUUUCCUUCUGAGAAAUAUGAUGUUCAGUAUAGUGAUCAUUCCCUAAAGUUUAAUUAGCUUUAAGGAUUUCUCUAACACUAUACAGAGUGUUAUUUAAAUUGUUAAGAUUUGAGAAACUACGGCCACUAGCAAGGCGGGACAAUGUUUGAUUUGAUAAGAGUAAUUACUUUUACUGUUAUUCUGUGAGGCAAGUCUGCAUGCGAAAGUUAAUUCUGAUUUAUAUAAUAGACAUUUAAAUUUAAAAAGACGACUGUAAUUAGCAAAGCCACUUCUCUAAAGUCUGCCCUGAUGUUAAAUACUGAGCAAAUGUUUCCCCAUGGUGCAAAGCAUCUCGAAAUAAUGCAUUGAUUUAAAUGUGUACGGUAUUUUCUCUUAAUAUAUCAAUUUGUAUAGAUCUAGAUGAAAGGGAUAACACUUUUAUAGCACAAAGGAUUAAGCAUAGAUUAUUUACAAGUUGUUUUCUUUGCCCAUUUUUCCCGUGAAUCUCCUUCAGUGUUUGGUUCAUGGACUGAAACAUGAAGACAGCAAAUGAAAAAGAACGUGUACUGUGAAUGUCUCAUUCUGCCCCAUAGCAUGGAUCCCAUUGGUUGAUUGAACAGGGAUCUAUUUUCCAUUCAAAUCAACCCAAUGUUGAGCUGGGCUGCUUGAGCCAAUCAGAAGGGAUCUUUGUGAAUUCCCCUAAACAACAAUAACGCUCUCUUUCAGACCAAUAAAGGGAAGUGUCCCCUGGAUCCCGGCCUAUUGUCUCCAAAAGUAAUGCAUUACACAUUUUAUUUUCCAUGGAUAAAACCUCACAAAUAAACAGAACUUAAAGGAGGAUUUUUUUGGGGGGGAAAGUGUAAAACAAAAUAGGAAAAAACAAAAGAACAAAUAUUUAUUCCAGUAGAAAAGUAAUAGAUGAAUAUUUGCUGGCGAUUAUUUUUAUAACAAGUGUACAUAAUGUCUUUGAGAGAUGCUAUUCGCUGUAUACAUGUGCUGAAAUGAGACGACGAUGACCCACGUGGAACAGCAAGGUCCAGUAUACAAAGUUUCAGUAAUGUGCAAUACGAAACGGCAUGCUGUUUUAAAAUGAGGAACUUCAUGUACUGUACUAUGCAACCGCAAACUGUGUACAUCGCUUCACGUGGCUUCUCCACCCUUCUCAAGCAGCUCCAUCUGGACUUCUAAGGGAUUUUUGUGUUUGUUUUUUUUUCUGUGGAAGAUGAAACCCUAAGCGGCUAAUGCGGUAUUGCAUGCAUAAUAUACCAUUCUAAUUUAUAAAAAGAAAAAUACAUGAAAUUGGAGGCGAUUGUGUUUAAGGCAAAGCUACAAGUGACUUAAAACAUUUCUUUUUCAAAAAUAAAAGAGUCGUUCUAAAGUU